UCUCUGGGGGGUUAUGUUGUAUUAGUAUUUUGUAGUGUUGUAAAUCUUCUGUUCUAUGGGUGAUAAGUAUGGUAUAUUUAUUUUUUAUAGUAGUCUUGGUCUUAUUGGUAGAUUGUAAGGAAGGGCUUAUUGAUCAUUUUCGAGAACCUUAUUUACUUGAUCUGGUCAGCUUUAUUGGUGGAAUAUGAGAAGUUAAGAGACGGUGUCCUACAUAUUAUUGUGAUCAUGGGAUGAUGUAUGAGCAUCUUAGAGGAUAUACUUUGGCAAUAGGAGAUGUAAUUGGCUUUAUGAAUACGAUUUUAUCUACCUUUUUGAUUUUACCAGAAUCUGAUAGUCUGAGUCGGGUUAAAAAUUAAAAUGCUGUAUCUGCAGAAUUUUUAGUUAUCAAAGUUAAAUGAGCUCAGGUAUUUUUGGAGGAUGGUAUUCAUGAUCAAAGACAUAUUAUUUAAAGCCAAUUUUAGAUAUCUUAGACUCCUACACAAGGUUUCAACUGACAAUCCAGUUGACAGCUGUAGCUCCAGCUUUUAUGCCUCAUAAAAUCCAAGAUUCCUUUCUCAAAUUAAAUUUUAACCGAUAAUAAUACUUAGCCAUCUCUCUUCAUGGAUGUUGUAGGGUCUCUAAUACUACUUUGCCUCAGAUAUCAGGCUCGUUUAUCAGCUCCUUUGAUAGAGCCUGUUUUUGCUUAUUUCUGAUUGUAUUCUAAUCCGAAGUAAAGGGUUUCUAAUUUAUGUCAUAAAUAUUUUGCGCCUCCUUGCUCUAAAGUUAGCCAUACCCAUCUGAUGACUUAGUGGAAACUCCUAAAACUAUUUACAAGCAUCUAUGGGUACUUUACAAACAAACCAGAGUUUUAGAGUUUAAAACCUGAAUUCGAAAAAUCUCUUCUUAAUCACUGAACUAGAAUGCGGGUAUCAAUAACUCGUUUAUGCAUACUUGAAGAGAGGAAUUGGAAUUAUUACUGCCAUAUCUCAAAUGACAAAUAUAGUUAACUGGGAUUAUUACCAUGAGAAUUUAAAGCAUGAGUAUUUAUUUCAACCAUUUGGAUUAUUUAUUUCAAAAUUCCAAUUCCUGUGGACCAAGAUCAUUCAGCAAAAAGGCUUUGAAACCUACCAGGAAAGAUUUAGUUGCAUCCUCACGAGGAUUGGUCUGUACUUCAUGCCUACUUUUGUUGACAAAAGCAUCUCGCAUAGCUCUGAGUUCGAUGAGAUCAUUCACACUUUCUCUGAACAGCUUGUGAAUCUAGGCAUCAACUGGGCAUCUUUGUUUAUAUAUUUCAUCAUAUUUAUGGCUCUUGCUUGUACUAAUUGAUUCGGUAUCAUACUCUUUCCAAAAGGAUGGAAGGAAACUAAAAAAAUAUAUCCUCAGUUUUCAGAAGGAAUGCAAUCAAAUCAAAGAAAUGGAAGUUCCUCAGACUUAAAUCAAUUGCUAGAUGAAGAAAACGAAAUGUUACCAGUACUAAAUGAUUAUUUCCAGAGAGAUGAUAGCAAUCCUUUGGUUGGUCCCAACCUAGCUGAUAUUUCUUAAGAAGGGUCAAUAUCAUUAUCUUCUCACUCUUAGUUGCAAACAGAUGAUUUAGAAAGCUCCUAACUCUGAUUCAAUAAAUGCUAUUUGA